UUUUAUUAUUUAAUUUUCUCUCUCUUACACUUUUUAUCAGCUUAUGUCAUCUCAUUUCCCAUGUACAUCCACCAAUUUCUAUCUCUAGCGUGCAUAAACUCAUAGCAGAGGAAUUCUGGAAAGCUCCUUGUUCUAGGGUUUCUUGUUUAUUUAUUUUUCAAUAAAUUUUCCAUUUUUCAAUAUUAAAGCUAGUAGGCGAUCUUGUCCUCUUCUUUUUUCCUUUUUCUCUCGCUAUUGAAGUGCAAGAAGAAAUGGCAGAGUCGGGUAUCAUCUUGGAAGCUACUUGCCCUGGUUGAUAUUUUGUUUGCUUAGAAGCCUUUAAAUUUUGGAGAAAAGUCUUAGGUUUUGGUUAGGAGUAGUGUGAUUGUAAACAUGGGUUACAAUUGUGAUUUCUGUGGGGAUCAAAGGCCAGUGGUAUAUUGCCGGUCUGAUGCUGCCUGUUUGUGUUUGUCAUGUGAUCGAAAUGUCCAUUCUGCUAAUGCACUGUCAAAACGCCAUUCAAGAACAUUGUUAUGUGACAGAUGUAAUUCCCAACCUGCUUUUGUUAGAUGUGCUGAAGAAAGGGCUUCCCUCUGUCAGAACUGUGAUUGGAUGGGUCAUGGUACCUCUACCUUGAAUUUGACUCAUAAGAGGCAAACAAUUAAUUGUUACUCUGGUUGCCCAUCAGCUGCGGAACUUUCUUCCAUAUGGCCUUUUUUUCUGCAAUCCCCUUCAGCUGGUGAAUCAACUUGUGAGCAGGAAUUAGGUCUAAUGAGCAUCAGUGAGAACAUGGGGAGGACUUCCUGGGGCCCUAUAGAAAACACCAUUAGCCAGAAUAGUACUGGUGUGGCUGAAGUUGAUGAUGACCACAACGCAGAUGGUGGAAGUGGCUGGGGUGGGUCUUCUUCAAUUCCUGAACUCAGAUCUGCAAGGCUUCUGGAUCGGCCAGCUGGCUCAACAGAUACAUCAUUGCCCAAGUUAUAUUGCCCUCAAACGAAGUAUCCUGGACUUUCUGAAGAUGAUCUCUACGAUGACUUCAACAUGGAUGAAGUUGAUUUGAACCUUGAAAACUAUGAAGAACUCUUUGGGGUAACUCUCAAUCAUUCAGAAGAACUUUUUGAGAAUGGUGGAAUUGAUAGCUUAUUUGAGUCAAAGGAUAUGCCUGCUGCUGAUUCAAACUGUCAGGGUGCUGUGGCUGCUGAGGGCUCAUCUGUUGGACUGGUCAAUGCAAUUCAUCCAACAUGUAGCAAUGCAGCAUCUGUUGAUUCCAUGAUGAGCAAUAAAACUGAUUCAAUUCUGUAUUUUACCGCAAGGAAGGCGCAUUCAAGCCUCUCAUUUUCUGGCCUUACUGGAGAGAGUAGUGCUGGAGAUAUCCAAGAUUGUGGGGCUUCUUCAAUGCUUCUCGUGGGGGAGCCUUCUUGGUGUCCUCCUUGUACUGAGAGCUCCUUCCCAUCAGCAACUCGAAGCAAUGCUGUCAUGCGUUACAAGGAAAAGAAGAAGACACGGAAGUUCGAGAAGCAAGUGAGAUAUGCCUCUCGCAAAGCAAGGGCUGAUGUGAGAAAGCGCGUGAAGGGACGCUUUGUCAAAGCUGGUGAUGCCUAUGAUUAUGAUCCAUUGAGCCAAACCAGAAGCUUUUGAGAGUACGAUUUUUUAACCAUGCUUGGAAAAAGGAAAGAAACACAAUAUGCUAGUCGGAAAGAAUUGGUCCUUACCUAAAAAUGGUGAAAUUGAUGCUCAUACUUUUUGUAACUAUUUAAAUGACAGGCUCUAUGGUUCUAUCUCAGGGCUUCAGGUUUUUAUCAGAAGUUGGAUGCAAAAAUCCCAAUGAAUAAAUUGCCAGGGCCUGGUUCUCCAUUGCCAUAAAAGAUUGAUGGAUCACGACAUCAUUUGGCAAGAUCUCCCUAGAUCACGUUUGCUGCAGCCAAUUGUCGGUUUCCACCUGCCAUAUUACAUUUGAGCAAGUUCACCUGCUCAAUUCUUGUUUUAGUACGGAAAGGAGAAUGCUUAUGGGUCCUUCAAGGCAUAUCAGUGUUCGUUAUGUUGACAAUUAUAUACCUUCAUCUGUUCUCAGGGCUUCUAUAAAAGCUGCUGCCAAUGAAAUGCAAGAAGCCCAACUUGCACUGUCAAGUGACAAGCAAAAAGCAUGCAAAAUUUUGCUCUUCUUUUUGGUCUAUUGACAUGUAUAGCAUAGUUUCUCUGAAUGUGCAGUUGAGAGUUUUAAUGCCUGCCCAAGUAACAGUUUCUAGGUCAGACAAGAAACAUGCAGUUGUAAUAUUUUUAUCUUAGCAUGGAAUUGUGUGUAACUUAUACAAAUUACAAAAAAAAAAAAAAAUUCUACUAUUCUUUUAUCACCAAUAUACUGAAUGUGAAAAAGAUUUUAACAUCUUCAAAGAUUUUAAAGAUUUUAAAGAUAUCCACUCUACCUU